GCGGUCCAUCCCGGAACGCCCCACGAAUCGACGGGGCUGAGCCCCUUCCAAUUAAAGACCAAUAGUGUCGCUUGCGUUUCGAUACCAAGCCUCAUGGAUGAGUCUACAUUGAACCGACGGCCCACCAUGGCCACGGCUCGGGACAAGGCCAAACGACACCUAGAGUUAAUGGAACGGUUGCUGCCCAGGCUAGCCCGAAAGCGACAGAAAAUGACCGAACUAGCCCAGAGCCGACAGGUCCGAAGCUACGAGGCUCGAAAUGGGAAUGCGGGUCCGCGGCCCCAGUACAAAUUGGGGGACGUAGUGCAGGCCUGGCAAACCAACGUGGAGGGAGAGCUUCCCACGUUUCUAUUCGGUACGGUGCGGCCCGGUCACCGGGAUCUCAUCACGAAAGAGCUCACGAUCCCGGUAGCACAGCUGGCGGAUGAUCUCCCUCUCGACAUCAUCUCGCAAGACGACAAGCAUCCAGUUCCCCACGUGCUUUCUCGCACAUUGACGCCUGAUCUUCAGUGGUCGGCUUGCGUAGAAGGAGCCGCAGAGCACAUCCCGCCGUCGCAACAACAAUACCUGGAUCCCCGGACGGCUUGCGAUCCUGCCUUCUUCAGGCAUCCUACGGCGGAGCAGCUUGCGGCCAUUCGAGAAGACGAGGAGGAGGAGGAGAGUACCGGGAGUGACGAAGACGAAGAGCUCGGGGAAGAAGACGAAACCCCCGAAGAAGGAAGCUAUAGCGAGCAUAGCGAGGGGGAACAGAGCGAAGAAGAAGAAGAAAGCGAGGAAGGAGAAGAGGAGCACGACGAAGAACCUGCUGGAUUGGAGUGGGAAGUCGUGCCAGAAGAAGCGCUGCGUACGGGUACGGAGGCUGAGGAUCCCGAGGCGGCCCGCAAAAGAGAAGAGAUCGCGGCCGGGAAGAAGGAGUUAGAGCUCGCAAGCGCGGCGAGUCUGCAGAUUCACGACGAUCCGAACCGAGAUCCGGAGCCGCCCCGGCCUGAAGAUGGCGACCUCGCGGCCAUGACUCCGACCCCAUCAGCGAGGCGACGGAGCCGAUCCCCCUCCUCCUCAACCCGUCCCCCAGUUCGCCGACGUACCGAUAUGGGCGAUCGGUCUUCGUCCCCGAUCACUCUCUCGCCGUCCCCUUGACUACCUCACCCUCCGCCAGCUCACCACCCCCAUCACGUUCCCCUAGCGACGCUC